CGAUUCCCAUCGGUCUUUGCGGUAUUAUAUCAUGGCGCCUGUCUGCCGGACAAAAGGCGAAUGUGUCUGACGGAGGAUUGAAACCCAAUUAGAAACAGAGGAGACAUUUUGGGGGAACUAACUGUGUCCGUCUGGCCCGGUGCCCCGACGAAGAGCACAUAUGAUCCAAAAAUAAUCUCUAGGGGCCCUUUGACUGGAAUAUUAAGGAUGUUCCAGCAGUGUGAGGAGCCUCGGUUCACCAUCGAGCAGAUCGACCUGCUGCAGAGGCUGCGGAGGACAGGGAUCACCCAGGCUGAGGUGCUGCAUGCUCUGGACACCCUGGAGCACCUGGACCGGCAGCAUGGACACAAACUCCCCCACAAGCCCCCAUACCUGCCACCUCCAUCUUCCCUGUCCUCGUCCAACCCAGCUGCGUCCUCAUGCUCCAUGUCCACUGCCACCCAGACCAGCUUCCCAAACAGCCGGGUCCCACUGUCCCCCAGCAACGCCUUCGAUAGCACCUCACCUCCGCUCCCGGUGCCUGUAGCCUCGCCCGUCACCAUGGCAGCUCACAACGGCCUGGUGGCUGUGACCAAUGGGAAGCUUUCUCCUCCGCGCUUUCCUCUCGGUGUGGUUAAUGCCAGCGUGGUGCCCCCUGUCUAUGGCUUUGAAGUGAAUGAAGAGGAGAUGGAUAUUGAGGACAAAGUGGAGGAUCUCAUGAGAAGGGACAGUGCCGUGAUCAAAGAUGAGAUUAAGUCAUUCUUGGCCAGCAGGCGGAUCUCCCAGGCUGUGGUUGCCCAAGUAACCGGGAUCAGUCAGAGUCGAAUCUCCCACUGGCUUCUGCAGCAGGGCUCUGACCUGAGCGAGCAGAAGAAGAGAGCCUUCUUCCGCUGGUACCAGCUGGAAAAGACCAACCCCGGCGCUACCUUGGCCAUGCGAGCUGCCCCUUUGGCUUUGGAUGAUGUGAUGGACUGGCACCAAGCUCCACCCCCAUUUGUCCCCACACCUGGGGGCUUUCGAUUGCGCAGGGGCAGCCGCUUCACCUGGAGGAAGGAGUGUCUGGCUGUUAUGGAGAGUUACUUCAGUGAUAACCAAUAUCCGGAUGAAGCCAAGAGAGAGGAGAUUGCCACUGCGUGUAAUGCUGUUAUUCAGAGACCAGGAAAAAAGCUGUCAGAUUUGGAGAGGGUCACAUCUUUGAAGGUGUACAACUGGUUUGCUAAUCGCCGCAAAGACUUGAAGAGGCGUGCUAACAUUGAAGCAUCCAUCUUGGAGAGCCAUGGCAUUGAUGUUCAGAGUCCAGGGGGCCAGUCUAACAGUGACGAGGUGGAUGGCAAUGACUUUCCUGACCAGGUAUGUGAAGUCCCCCUGUUUGACAAAAGAGCUUCAGCGCGGCCGUUUCUUUAUGGCCGAGCAGACCUGUCCUCUCCAACACAGGUCCCCACUCUACUCCCAAGUUGGUUCUCUGCACUGGGCAGAGGGGCCCUGGCUGGGCAUCGGAGCUCUCUGAUUGGCCGCACUCUGCUCUCAGGGCUGGCCUCUCACUCUGAAGGGGGCAGGUUGUCAGGGGUGUCUUGGUCCCCCCCAUCCCCUUCUCUCCAGGAUGAAGCCACCAUUCACACUGUGUUAGCAGGUCAGGAGCCAGUCAACCUGGAGAAGGCCAAUGACGAGCAAGCAUCAGCUGCAGCACUGGCCAAUCAGAGCAGCCAGGAGGAUGACGUCAAGCCAGAAGGUUUGGAGGACGACUGAACGGGUUGGUGCAGAUCAUGUGCUAUUAUGCAAGCAGAUUUUAUAGGAAUGUAUCAAGUGACGAAAUGACCAAAAGCGGUGUAACUAUAACCCUGAAAUACCUCCCAACCCUACCUCCAACCACCAACCUGCUCCGCUACACUCUAUAGAUAUCACCUUCUUAUCCUCCGUAGUUAAAAGUACAAAGCUUCUUGUGCUCCCUUAACAGACUUAACCAGGACAUGAUGCGUGUGCAUCAACAGACCAGGACAACACUGUAAUACCUAUGUUCAGGGUCCCUCACUGCUACCACAACACAACUAAACCGCCUCAAACAUUCAUUUGUUAUGCGUAGACAAUGGCUUUUAAGAUUAUGUUGCACAUUUCUUCAUAGUCUAAUAUAUUUCAAUCUUCAGUUUAAAGUUCAGCAAAAUAAGCUUAGUUUUCCUGCAGACAGAAACACUCAAAAAAUGUUGGUAUUGUGACUGUCUCUUCUCUCUGCUCCCAUGAAAUAUAAGCUUAUAAACUAAUAACCAUUUAUUCAUAAUACUGAGCUGUCAAAGGUAGCUGAACUGUAGGCAGACUUGUAUAAACUGUUAACUCUGGUGUUUAGGCAAAGCAGCUGGCCAGUGCUAUGGCCAGUGAGCUGCUAAAUACCACCUUCGUGAUCACUUAUUUAUAUGCAGUACUACUGUCUUCAGUGUGUAUGCAUAUAUCCACGUACAAAUGCAGUACAUGAUUUGUGAGGGUAUACACUUUUCAAAGUAUAAAGAUGUUUGCUUCAAGUGGCAUCUCAGUGGCUUGUUGCUAAAAUGCAAUGAUCCAUCAGCCAAAGUAUUAAUAUAGAGAUUUGUUUUUGUAUUGAUCAUUUUGUGUAAGAAUAUGUAUUAGAUAUACUCAACGACGCAUCAAAUGUGUCAUUCUGCUUUAUUUGUGUUCCAAACACAUUUUUAUUACUUUGAAUAUUUUAAAAUGACACUAUCGUAUUGACUGCUCUGCUGACAGCGUGCGCAGUGACCAGAUGAGUGACUGCUUCUUUUGGACGAACAAUGGAUGAUUUUUCCAGUGUUUAAAUGCAGCCAUUGUGGAAGUCCUGCCAUUUCUUGUUCAUUCCAUAGAGUAUACAUUUGUCUGGUUAGGAAAUAUUAUGGAUUGGGUAGUUUAAAUAGUUUAAAUGUAGAAUUAAGAGAUAUAAAGCAGAUGAUCUAAAAUCAUUUACUGCUAUCUGCCGGUAUGUGCCAAAUCUAUAAAACUGAAAGAUAAGCAGGGCAUACACUAUAAGUGUUAGUCAGCUGCAUAACAAACCAGAAUUUGUAUAGAACAGUCAGUUGCUUAUGUUUUAGCUUUGAGAGUGUCACUUAUUAAAUCUCACUAUAAUCACUUUCUAGUGAACAUCACAGGAGUUUUAGUGAGCUGAUAUACAAAGUAUGUACAAUGUUGUUCAGCACAUAAGAUGUACUGUACGUCUUUAAGUUGAAGUGCCUUCAUAUUUACUGCUUGUCAUCAGACGAUUUGCAUAAACAAGGACUUCUGCAAUAGUUGUGUACACUUUGAACCUUGUUUCUAAGCCAUUUCGGCUUUUACAAAUAUUUUAUCUCUUUAGGUGCUUCAUGCUAAGCUACUAGUUAAGAUUCAAAACAAAUACCUCACCUUUCCUCCGUUGUAAGCUACAUCAGGUUCCUCUGCAGCUGUUCAAAUGUGAACCCACACUGUUUCAACUCAAUGCGCCCUGAAAGGGAAAUCAUAUUUAGGACCAACCAAUAUGAAAAGGGACAACCCACUGAAAAUAGAAUUAUACAUCAUACUUGGUCCCACUCCUGAUUUUGAAUAAAUACCUAAGUGUGAUGUACGGCAGCUGAGCUGCUCUGUGUGUUACAAGUUCUCAUGUCUGAGGCACUGCUGCAGUGUACGUUUUAUUUUCACUAGAUUUGAAAAUGUGUUAAAAACCUCACCAAAUCUUCUCUGCCUAGCAGAAGCCUUCAGAAGGGAAUUGGAUUUGUGAGAUUUAGACUUUAAGUCAUUUUUAAAACCCAACAUUUGUAAGCUAAAUAAAAAAUAGAAAAAAUGGUUAUGUGUGGAUAAAAGCAUCAACUACUAAAUUGGUUCUUCUUCGUCCUUCCUACAAAUGCCUCAGAAAGCUUCCAUUGUACUUACCUCUAUGUCAUAUUGUUAGUGCACUUUGUUCGCGGCCCCAUACUGUCUUUAUGUUCUAAUGCAGUUGUACCUUCUGCCUCCUCCCAUGCUUCAUUUACUGUACCUUAUGACCCUCCUCAGACAACUGCUCCUCAGUGUAACUCUGGAAACCACCUCUUUCAUAUGACAGGAUUGUGUGGUGGAGGGGCACAGGUGUGGGGGAGGCAGAAGGUUCUAAUGGAGUCAUGCUUCAGGAGGGAGCGUAAAAGGCUAAAGCUUUGAGUUUGUUUUAGCUGCAGAAAUCUGACUCACUCACUUAUCAGAACAUGUAAAUAGAUCAGUUUGGUCAGGAGUUAUCUAUACUGUAGAUACAUCAGUGCUUCUCCAAGGUUUUUAUUUGUUUUGGGCAAUAAACUUUUCAAUAAUAUUCCCAGCAGGAUAUUUUCUUAUGUUACUUGAUUGAAAUAAUUUUGUUUGACAGUCAAGAUUUAGUGCCUUUUUUGGACAGUAGACUGUUCAGUAAUCAGUAUGUGGACUUUCUACAUGUGCUUUUUGUUACUUUUCAUCUGUUUGAUAAACCGUAUGUUAUUUUUAAGGUGCAUUUUUAUUGAUGAUUCUAUAUACAAGGGAUUAAACUGAUCUGACCUAAG